AUGAAUGACACCGUAAUCCACUUGGAUUGUAGAUCAAGUAAAAAACACACUGAUCACUGUGACAAACUAUUUACAAAAGUGACACGUUCCUCUCUUUCAUUUCGCGUGUUGUCUGCUAAAAAACACUUCAGAGUUUUGCCAUGGGCUAUCUUUAAGACGUUACUGUUGUUGUCCGGAAGCACAGAAAACAAAAGAAUUCCAGGCACUGGGCGUGAUCCUUCUUAUUCAUGUAGUAAUAACUCAAGGAGGAUGGUGGCGAAGAUGUCGAGUUUAACAGUGGCUUGUCACCCAGAGGACGGAGAAAAAGAGGUCCCUUCUCCUGGAAACAAAGAUAAUGUCACAGAAAGCGACAACAGCAACUCAGAGGCCACCGGGACAUCCACCGAGGAGAGUUCUGAAGAAGAUGAGGAUGAAGAGAAAGAUGACAAAGGUGGCGAUACGAAUACAAAGGAUGAAUCAGAAGAAGAAGGCAACAAAGAAGCUGGCGAGUCUCAAAAUGAGGCCGGCGUCUCUGCUCCAGAGGUCUUAACUUGCAAAGCAGAGAAGUACAUCCACUUCAAUUGUGAAAAAUGCAAAGACAUACAACAGACUCACGGCAAAGAGCUUGUCACACCCAAAAUAAUCAAGGGACAAUAUCAACUGCAGCUGGAAGGAGAAGGCACAUACGAGUGCUCAGUCACCAGGCUGGUGUUUGAAGCAGCUGAUCGAGUUCUCGUGCGGUACUCCAUGGUGUCCUGGUCUAAGUAUUGCUCGCUCCUCAAGGAGUCCUGGAAGUUCGCUGGACCCAUCUUUGACGUGAAGACGGACAAGGAUGCGUCCAUCCUGAAGUCCAUCCAGUUCCCUCACUCUGUCUGCCUGGCCGAUGCAGAAAAUGAGAUGACGUUCGGCAUGCUGCACAUAAAGAACAUGCGUCCGUUCAUGGAACCAGCAGCGGAUCACUCAGGCAGCCACAUUAAGUGGCACGUGACGUCUCUGUCGCCAGUCGGGCCCAUGGUCAAGACGACCCGGCCCACGGAUCACCACGGGGUGGUUCUGGUCUACAGACAGUUGGCGAAUGACGACGAGAAAUACAACUUCCACAUCUACUUGGCCACCAACAGCUCUGAAAUCAAGGACAUACGCAAGCAGGUGGGAAAAUACACAAAACGUUACAUUCAGAUAGAAAAACCUCCCACGUGUACGCUGAACGAGGGAACAUAUCGCCUCCUCAGUAAGCCAGAGGGUGCCAUCGAACCUCAGGUUCUGAACUUCACCCUGGCAAUUACCAAGAUGAAGGGCUUUUUUGAGGUUUUCUUCGAACAUCCUCCGCCUUUCGAGUUUUCGCUUAUUAAGAGUGACACGGACGAGACAGUGUGGUCAACCACUAUCCGAGAAGGCGACUGUAUGGGUACGGGUAAGCCUGAAAAAAAGCCAAAGAAAAGGACAAACUGCAGACAAAGGAGCAACAGCCUCUCAGAAGAUGAAGCAGACUUUAAAAAACGUAGAUUAAAGGUUGAAUCAGACCCUGUGAAAGUUCCGAAUAGCCGGGACAUGUCGGAGAAGCAGCUCCUGCAGGUUGCCAAAUGCCUGGGCAAGGAGUGGAAACAGGUGGCCAUCUAUCUGGGCUUAAGCAUCCGGGAUCUGGAUGAUAUCCAGGCGGCCGAGAAGGACGUGACCAUGCAGAAGAUGAAGGUGAUGGUGGAGUGGAAGAGCAGGAGGGCGCCGGGGCAGGCCUCUGCCUUCCAGCUGCGGAAGUGCUUGGAGGAGCUGGACGACUUACCAAAUGAGGUCCAUCAGAUCCUACAAGACAUGAACAACUAAGAAGAUAGGAGAUAAAUAUUUUUUGUAUACUUUUCAUCAUGUACACUUUAAUAACUUAUCAGGGAGAGAAAGGAGCUCUCCGGAAGACAGCUUCAUGUGUCUUCAUCUCUAUUGGUGAUUUUAGUUAGUUCCUCUUUAUCGGACAAUUAUGGAACAUCUCAAUCAGUCUUUUUUUUUCUGUAACAAACAUACAGAAAUGUGCAUUAAACUUAUUCAAUUAUGAUAUUUACAUUUCACGUCAAGGUUUGAGAUUGACCAGAAGAUGUGGUGAAGCAAUUUAGUAGCUAAGUAUUUAGCUGAAUGGAUUUAAAUGGAGGUGCUGCAGUGUUCAAACUGCAUUUAGCUGUAUAUAUUUUUUACAUGACUUUUAAAUGUUAUUUUUAAAGGAUUUUAUAAAUGCUUGUAAAUGUUGUCCAUAGAUGUGAAUGGUUGUUCUGUGAUGGACUGGUGACCGCCCCUCAACUAAAAGUCGGCUGGGAUAAGCUCCUAGCUCGCCCGUGACACUAACAAGGAAAAUUAAUUACUAUAUGUCACAUAUGUAGAGCUACUUACUGUAUGAUAAAUGCACGUAAUUUAUUUUGAAUUCUCACAUUAUUCGUUCCAAUAUAGGAAAUUAUUCCAUUAUUCCGCACGAUGGUUGAGUGGUUAGAUUGUACUUCACACAGUCAGGAGAUUGGGAACACUUUGGUUUGAAUCUCCGCUCGGGCAUCUCUGUGUGGAGUUUGCAUGUUCUCCCCGUGCAUGUGUGGGGUUUUUCCGGGUGAUCCGGUUUCCUCCCACAUUCCAAAAACAUGCUAGGUUAAUUGGCCACUCCAAAUUGUCCAUAGGUAUGAAUGUGAGUGUGAAUGGUUGUUUGUCUAUAUGUGCCCUGUGAUUGGCUGGCAACCAGUCCAAGGUGUACCCCGCCCAAAGACACCUGGGAUAGGCUCCAGCAUACCCAUGACCAUAUUGAGUAGAGGCGGGGUGUGCCAACAGGCAAACCGGGCAUCUGCCUGGGGCGCCAGCUUUUAGGGUGCCCCCACUAGGGGGUCCCUGAGAGACCGGGUGCCAUAAGUGCUAAUACAUACGUUGCACAGAAAUGACAACAAUGGGCAUUUACGAUGCAAUCAUGAAACGAUGACGUAGCAAACCCCCUUUGGGGGCCCUCGGCAUCCCAGAAAUUGUGUGCAAAAAAAUAACUUGCUAGUGAGGAUAAGGGGCAUAGAACAUGGAUGGAAAUUAUUCCAUGCUAACAUGGUGUAAUGGUCACAUUCCCAAAGGUCAUUGUGUGAAGAAGCUAACUAUUUCUGUAACUUGUGUUAUGCCUAAAAUAUGUUUUGCCCACCAAGCAAGUGUUGACUGAAUAAAUAGAACAUGGUAUCCUGCAUUAUUUUCGUC